GAUGAGGACAGACGACGAAAGAAUGCCGUCGACGACAGAAGCUGGAGAGAAGUGGGGACUCUGGGCUGGGACGGCGGUGAUCGUCGAAAGCAGACAGACUCGAGUGGCCAUCUCGAGGUAGCCUUUUCGUCGGCCCGACCCAGCCCAGAGCAUCGACGGGGAAGGGGAGGAAGGUGGGCAUGCCAGGCGGCAGCCAGCUUUGACUGGGUUGGAGUUGGAGUGAAGGAAGAGGUAGCGAGGGAGCGAGGGUCGUCCGACGCAUAGGGACGGAGGGCGAGGUGCAGUUGACGGACUGGGGGUUGGCGAAUCUGUUGAACCAGAGGCGAAUUGAUUUGCUUUUGUACGACGAGUGUGCAGGGCACUGAGAAUUAAGAUCGAUAGUGGUCCGGAAGCACAAUUGUUGGUGCGUUGUUUUCCGUCGCCGGGAUUGUGGGAGGUGGAGCAGUUGGAACAGACCGAUCGAAUUGGUUACGAUGGUUGGGUUGGAGAUGAACGAUCGGAAGAAGAUCGGGAUCGGACUCACCGGUUUUGGUGUUUUGUUCUCAUUUCUCGGUAUAAUUUUCUUCUUCGACAAAGGUCUUCUUGCAAUGGGAAAUAUACUCUUCAUAGCCGGUGUAACCCUCACAAUCGGGUGGAAAUCAACGAUUUCUUUCUUUCUUAAACCUCGUAACUACAAGGGUUCUAUUUCCUUCCUUGUUGGUUUUUGUCUAGUGCUUCUGGGAUGGGCUAUAUUGGGGAUGAUAGUCGAGGCCUACGGCUUCAUCGUCCUUUUCAGUGGUUUUUGGCCCACAGUCGUCGUUUUUCUCGGUAGGAUACCUGUGCUGGGCUGGUUGAUCAACACUCCUUUUCUUCUAGCGUUUUUUGACCGUUUCCGAGAGCGAAGGGUGCCAGUUUGAUGAAAAUACACCUUCGCACUACAUUGUGCAGUUAUUUUUCAUGAGCUAGAGCUUCACGUUCAAUCAUUUCUUCAUAUCACUCGUAUCUGCAAAAGUGCCCAAGAGCAGGAUUAGAAACUUGUUGUAGGUAGAUACAGCCACCAACAUGAUUCUAAGCUCACAACGCGUAGAAGAUAAUGUACAGUUCAAGAGAGGAGUGCAGUGGCUCGUAUGGUUUGCUUAUUCAAGAGACAAAGCUCCGGCUUCCUCAAGGUUCGGUGAGCAUGCUCGACUGUCCCCUAGAUUGGGAGAUAACGCAAGAAAAGAUAUGCCCAUGUGAAGGCAAGUAUCAUCCUAUCGAGCCACAUUCGAAGACCAGUACAUGUGACCACUCAUGGCCAAAUUACUUCUCUUUGUCGGUUUUUAGGAAUCAGGAAGCUAAUAACACCCGACACAAACGCCAGCGGAACAGGAAAGUGAUUUUACCGUAGUUACGAAUGUUGCCAUCAGUUUGUCUUAGUCUUUGCAUGAGGUGGCGUCUCUUUUUGGUGAUCCUAUUCAUGGUGGCAUAGCUUCCGAGCACGACUCAGAUUUUUGUUUCUGUCAAAUCUGGUCUCUUCGCAGUAGAGUAUAAACAGGAAUGUUGUCCAGCCUAUUGGUUUAUAUGAAGGGUUGGAAUAAAUGGAGUUCACUUCCACUUAUUCCUGCAUUCGGGCUAAACUCGCCCUCACCCAGAAUUCCAAAAGUGUUUGACAUUACUUAGACUAGGGCGUAGUGCCUGAAUUUAACGUGUGUUACACUAGAUCUCACGAUUAGUUCGCAGAGUACACAGUGAGGCGGUCACAGUGGCUACUAGUGGGCUCCGCAUUCAUUAUAAUUCAACUCAAAUUGAUUCUAACGAGCGAAAUUAACAUGUAC